AACAUGCUCUUCUGUUGGUCCCAGCUAAUCACAGGUAAACCCUGAACACGUCCCACUCACUGGCCCCACUUCCACAACUCCCACACGGAGAUAAUAAUUAUUGUUCAUGCUCACCUUCGAGACAAAGCAACGGACGAAGUGUCUCUUCAAGAUAGGGGUGGGUGAAGGAAGGCAGUUGGUGCUAUUUAUAGCGAAUGACUGACCGGGCGACCAGCGGGUGACACGGGUGGCGACAAUGCUGCGAUAAGGCGAGAGCACGUGACGGCACGCUCAGGUAGCAAACCUUUGAUCUUCCCAUCAGCAGCCGUCACAUGAGGCAAGGGACAAUAAUCCUGGACUAGGAGAACACGUUUUGCGUGCUACCACCAUCAUCUCUUGACACUACAGCCACCCAGACGUAGGAUGGACGACGGCAACGAUGACAACGAGAGGUCGCCGUUGCUGGCCGGACCUGACCAAGUCAGUCACCCUGAAGACACCAAGGGGUCGGUCCACGUGACACUAGACGUGAAAAUACACCUUGAUGGCUAUCGCAGUCGCUGGAACUCGAUCCGUGUCAUGUACCUGACGAUGUUCAUCAGUGCCGUCACCUUCACCAUCACCAUGUCGACCAUCUGGCCCUACCUCCAAGUGAUGGACGCCUCUGCCACCCCCAGUCUGCUAGGUUGGGUGGUGGCAGCCUUCAGCCUGGGGCAGCUGGUGGCCUCCCCCAUCUUCGGCCUGUGGUCCACCAAACGCAGAUCCUCGCGGGAACCGUUGGGUGUGUCGCUGCUGCUGCAGGUGGGCGCAAACGUCUUCUACGCCUACGUGCCGAGUGUGGAUGGUGACCGCGGCCUUUACCUGGCGGCGGCGCGCUGCCUCAUGGGAUUUGCUUCAGGUAACGCUGCAGUCGUCCGGGCCUAUGUGUCAGGGGCUACAACUCUGAGUGAACGCACCGCCGCUAUGGCUAACGUGAGCAUCUUUCAGUCCAUGGGCUUCAUUCUCGGACCAGACGGCCUUGGUGUCGAUUGGAUACCCGGGACCCGUAGAAACCACUUGGCUUCACCUGGACAUGUACACAACACCUGCAUUCUUGAGCGGCCUUUUGGCUUCUCAUUAAUCUGGUGCUGCUCGUCCUGGUGUUCCGUGAGCACGUCGUGCAGGAGCACGUCAUCGUCAACGACAUUCAGUCAGUCAAUGCAGAGGUCGCUAGCGACACGGGCCCUCCAGACUACGUGGCCGUUUACGUGUACCAUAGUCCUUUUCUUCGUUGUCUUCUUCGUCUUCACCAUCUUCGAGACGAUUGCCACCCCACUGGGGAUGGAUAUGUACGGGUGGAGUAAGCCUCAGGCAUCCUUGUACAUGGGUAUCGUGCUUGCAGGGGCUGGAAUCCUUGCCAUAGUGGUUUUUCUCGUAGUAAAACUACUGGCUAAGCGGUUUGACAGUCGACUCCUGUUAAUCGCCGGCUACGUGUUCUGCUUCGUUGGAUUUUUCAUCUUUUUACCGUGGGGACACAAACUUCCAGUUAUGGGCUAUGCAGACAUUGUGACUCCGUUUCGACCAAACAUCACCCACACAACCAUGGCGUUGUCACCUCGUGACCUCACCCACUUCCUGCCCAGUCGUGUUGCCAACGGUAACGAAAUCGCAGCGCCACUUACGUCCGAUCUACGAUACACUCAGGACUUCCGAAGUGACCCUACCUCCCUCCUAGAUGUCACCACCUCGACAACCACCAACGUCACAGCAGCACCGGAGGGGUGUCCAUGGUCCUUUGCCUGGUGCGGGCAGGUGCCGCAGGUUCGGCUCCAGCAGUUCCUGGGUGGGACCGUGGCCAUAGCCAUUGGCUAUCCUGUCUGCAAUGUGAUGACGUAUACUCUCUUCUCGAAGGUUCUUGGUCCACAGCCACAGGGACUGUGGAUGGGGUAUCUGACCGCCACUGGCAGCCUGGCCCGCACCCUGGGGCCCAUCUUCGUGUCGCAGAUAUACGACGCCUACGGACCACGAGUGACGUUCGCGUCUGCGUGCGCGGUGUUGCUGCUGACAGUCGGUCUCUGUCUCCUGUCCUACCGUCGUCUGCUGCCGUUCAGCGACACACCAUACCGCCGUCGCCCUGACGACGAAUAUACGUAGCCUUCCUGGGCAUCAAACUGUGCAAAAUAAACAGCCAUCUUGCUUUCUACACACAUGUUUAUGUCUGCACACGUAACAAUGUUCUGACACGUAACCAGUUUUACCGGUGAAGUUUGUGAAGGAAAGUUUAAAAGAUUUUGAGAUUUCCGGUCGUGUGGAAGAUGCGACUAAAAGUAUGAAGUUAAGGGUAGUUUGCGCGACUAGAAGUAUGAAGUAAAUGGUUGGUACUGUACGUAGGAAUGCGCGCGCAUGCGAUGUUUUCAAGACAACUGCGUGACGUCACAUGUCGGUUGCUGAUUGGGCUGCGGCCCUUCAGUGACGUCAGAAAUAUGAAAUGAGUUCGGAUAAUCUUGUAACACCAGUAUAAAUGUGUAUGUGUGUAUACCAGUGUAAGCAUGUAAAUUUUGACAGCAAAACAAAACGACAGCUUACGUCCAGCACUUUGAUAGUCAUACGGGGACACAAUGGUUGUGCUAAAAAAAAAAAAAAACCGGAACAUUUGGCUGGUUUGAAAAUAUAUCCUCUUUGUGACAACAUAGAUCAGGUGUAUAUUUCUGUGACCUGUUAAUAUCAGCACUGCACUAAAAAUCUUGUAGCUUAUCGCCAAAUUUUUGCGCUGAUUGUCACAAUCCAUCAAACUUUUGAUCAGGUCGGGAUAUGCCUUAUUCACUGGAAAUGAGAUUUCAGUAUAAAACAAUCUUGGAGACAACGACAGAUGGACAGAAAAAAAGAAAAACUCCUUUAACUAAGAAGUUUUUAUUUGAAGACAUUAGCUGUCAUGGCAGAAGCAAAGUACCCCCUCCCCAAACAGCCCUCCCAGAGACAUAAAGCCUAUACAUCACAGACCUGAAAAAAGGAGAUGAAGAAACCCCAUGAAUAAGCUGUAUGUUGUGUUCCAAAAUGGAACUUUAGAAACACAGAUAUUAGCAAAUAUAAAAGCAUCCCUUCCUAGUAAAGCCUCAAGUUGAACCUAAGUCACUCAUUUACAGGUAAAGGGAGGAAAGAGGCAUGGAAUGAAGCAUCUUGUGGCAGACCACAUAAACUCUGGGACUAACGCAUGGACGGCAAAGAAAAGCAUUCACUAAGAGAUAAUGUUCUGAUAAACAGAUCUAGAUGUUAUUUCACAAUUACAACAAAGUAUUUACAAAUAUAAAUAUUUUUUAAAAAUACAAAGAAAACAGAUGGUAUUAGUCCCAUGCAGAAAACCUGGUGACUCUACAUACCACAAAAGUGUUCAUUAGAGAAAAUGCUAUAAUUAAAGAGAAUAAAAAUGCUUGUAAAAAAAAUCCUCUAUCAUGAGAUCGCUUUGCUCACAAUCUGCAAUUGCAUGUGAAUGCCAUCAUAGAAACUCGUCAAACAGAAGAGCUAAAAAAAAAAAAAA